AUGACAGGUUCCAUAUUGAUUAGUUUUGAUAUAAAUGCAGGUAUGCUUUGGUGGACAUGGAAUACCGCGACCGCAAAUUCUGAAAUCAUCCGCCAAAAUUGAAAUGGUGAAGAAGAUCAGGAAGAUGGUUAGAAUCGAGAGAAGAUUUGACAUUUUCGAUGGAUUCUGAAGAUUCUGAGAUGGAAUAUGUAUGUGAUUUUUAUGUGGAACCUGUAGAUUUGAUGAUUCGAUUAUAAAAGUUCUGCAAACUCAAAUUCCCGUGCAAAUUUCUUCAGAAUUCUGCAUGAAACGAGACUCCGGUUGUUUACGCAGUACUUAUUGCGCGGGAAAACGAUUGAAUUUAAAUAUUUUGAAUGUGCUUAGAGGGCUAAGACGCUGCGCGGAAGCCCAUUUUUGAGCCGAGCGCUGUGCGCGAGUGUAUACCGCAAGCUUCCGCGUAGCGGCACUAUCUUCCGCGAAGCGGCCGGGGAUAUGCUCAGAAGCCUGAAAGCCGAGCGCUGUGCGCGAGUGUAAACUGGAAGCUUCCGCGCAGCGGCUAAGCUGAAGCUUUUCUACAUUUUUGAAUUUGAUCCUUUUCCCGCGCGAUAAGUACUGCGUAAACAAUCGGAGUCUCGUUGUUUUUUUCUGCUGAAUUCUGAUUUUGCACAGGAGUUUGCAGAACAUUUUUGCAUUUGCACAACAUAUCCAUAAUCGAAUCAUCAUCUACAGAUUCUCCCCCCAUAAAAAUCACAUUAUUCCUCCACAGAAUCUUCAGAAUCCACUAAAAAUAUGUCAAAUCUUCUCUCGAUUCUAACCAUCUUCCUGAUCUUCUUCACCAACUCGAUUUUGGCGCAAGGUGGUGGUGGUGCUUAUACAAUUUGUGCUAAAGGUAUGGAAUGUGCACCAAAGCAUUAUUGUGAUAUUCAACAAAAUAAUGAAUUUGGACUAUGUCGUGCUGAAGAUGUUUAA